CGUGUUGAAUCCGGCAGCUCUCACAUAACCUUCAAAGCCGCCUCCCAUGGCUGCCACUGCUACUUCCUUCCAAUAUAUUCAAAGUCACUUUUCUUCCGAUCAAUCCAUUAUUUCCCACCGACGACACAGAAUCAGAUGGAUUUUCGAGGAAUACUUGGUUUCCAGUACGGCAUAGUUCAGGCUCCGCUUGGACCUGAUAUCUCCGGUCCUGAGCUUGUUGCUGCCGUCGCCAAUGCCGGCGGACUUGGUCUUCUCAGAGCCCCGGAUUGGGAGUCACCUGAUUUUGUACGAGGUUUGAUAAGGAAGACCCGAGCGUUAACGGAUAAAACAUUUGGAGUAGGUGUCAUUUUAGCAUUUCCUCACGAGCAAAAUCUAAAGGCCAUAUUAGACGAGAAAGUAGCAGUUGUGCAAGUGUACUGGGGAGAAUGUUCAAAGGAUCUUGUGGAUCAAGUUCAUUCUGCUGGGGUGAAAAUUAUUCCACAAGUUGGGAGUGUUGAGGAAGCGAGUAAAGCAGUUGAUGCUGGUGUUGAUGCAAUAAUUGUGCAAGGUCGGGAAGCGGGAGGGCAUGUUAUUGGUCAAGAAGGUUUGAUUUCCAUCUUACCAAGGGUAGUUGAUAUUGUUGGGAAUGAAGAUAUACCAGUAAUUGCGGCUGGCGGUAUUUCAGAUUCCCGUGGUUAUGUUGCUGCCCUGGCCCUUGGUGCUCGUGGUGUCUGCCUUGGAACUAGGUUUGUCGCUACUGAAGAAAGCCGUGCUCACCCUACAUACAAGAGGAAGUUGGUAGAACUGGAAGCAACUGAUUAUACAAAUAUUUUUGGCCGUGCAAGAUGGCCCGGUGCACCACAGCGCGUUCUACAGACACCCUUUUACGAUGAUUGGAAGUCACUUCCUGCCAAUGAAAAUGAAAGCAACCAGCCUGUCAUUGGCCGCUCAACAAUUAAUGGCUUGGACGUAGAUAUACGACGCUUUGCGGGUACCGUGCCAAAUGAAACAACAAAAGGCGACAUCGAGAGCAUGGCAAUGUAUGCAGGGCAAGGAGUUGGACUAAUCAAGGAGAUUCUACCUGCAGGAGAAGUGGUAAGGAGGCUGGUUGAAGGUGCUCAACAUCUGAUCCAAACACAUUUUAGUAGUUUUGUUCAUAAAGAUUGAUGCUUAGAGCUGCUAUAUUUUUUUGUUUUCUUGAGGAAAUAAGAUCCAAAAUCCGCAUGUAGUUAGAUGAAUGGCUGAAAAUUGAGAUCCUCCACUGUUAAUCAUGAACUCAGCGAACCUUAUGGUUUAAAUAAAGCAGUAAUUGGUAUUAUUAGCUAU